AUGAAUAUUCUGAACAUGUGUACAGAAACUGCAAAACAUCAUAAAUAUGCAGGUCCAUGAAUUUUCACUAUUGGAAAAUAGUACACUAUUUUAAAGAAUUUUAUUGAGGUAGAAUAUGUCUAACAAAAGUUUUGCCACUUUAACUCUUCUGAAGUGUACAAUUCAAUGACGUUAAUUAAAUUCACUGUGUUGUGCAACCAUCACCAUUAUCCAUUUUUAAAAGCUUUUUAUCACCCCACACAGAAACUCAGUACCCCUUAAGCAAUACCUUCCCGUUGCCCCCUCCCUCCAGCCCCUGGUAACCACGAAUAAACCUUUGUUUGUGAGCAUUUGCCUAUUCUAGUAUUUCAUACAGAUGGAAUUAUACAGUAUUUUUCCUUUUGGUACACUGUUUUUUUUAAACACUCUGGAAAAAGGAUUUUUUUCAGUACAUCGGACUCAUUUGAAGCGAGGACCACGGUUAUUUGAAAUAGGUGACAUCAUGUGUCAGCAGAGGCGUGAGGCGACUUGGGGCGGGGUCUGGGGCUUUGAGGUCAUAGCGCAGCAGCUUCCUUUGCGCGUCCGCUUCUCUCACUUGAAAUACAGGUAGUCACUGUAACACAUAACGAGGUGAACCGUAAGUAAACUGCCAAAACAACCAAACCGCAGGAGAAGGGGAGUCGAGCCCUCGCUAGGCGCUUUCACACUAGCUGACGGGAGGCAAAAUGCCCGGCUUUGGGGGCGGGGCCUUGACAAGAGCACUCUAGGCGCAUGCGCAGGCUUUCGCCCCGUGCCAGGUGGGAGGGGCGGUGCGGGCAGGGUCGUGUGGUGCGUUCUGCGCUUGCGCCUCGGCGGAAGGUGGGGUCGCGGGCUACAGCGCGCUGGGGUGCGCACAGUGAAAGGGCUAGGGGUCGACGGUCAACUGUCACUGUGAGCGGGUGACGGAGGGAUGGCAACGGUCUCAGGGUCUCCGGACUUGGCCGGCUCCGGCGCGCCUCCGCCCGGCGGGGGAGCACAGGCGGUGGCGGCUGAGGAAGAGGAGCGGGAGGUUGUGCGGGUCCGAGUCAAGAAGUGUGAGAGCUUCUUGCCGCCUGAGUUCCGUUCCUUCGCUGUCGACCCCCAGAUCACGUCUCUGGAUGUGUUACAGCACAUCCUCAUCCGAGCUUUUGACUUGAAUGGGAAAAAGAACUUUGGCAUCAGCUACCUGGGCCGAGAUCGGCUAGGACAGGAAGCUUACCUCUCACUUCUAUCUGACUGGGACCUCAGCACGGCCUUUGCCACCGCCUGCAAACCAUACCUGCAGUUACGUGUAGACAUCCGGCCCACCGAGGACAGCCCACUGCUGGAAGACUGGGACAUAAUCAGUCCCAAGGAUGUCAUUGGCUCCGACGUGCUGCUGGUUGAGAAACGGUCAUCGCUGACAACAGCUGCCCUACCCUUCACACAGUCCAUCCUCUCUCAGGUGGGCCGCACCUUAUCUAAGGUCCAACAGGUGCUAAGCUGGUCAUAUGGGGAAGAUGUCAAGCCUUUCAAGCCACCCCUGAGCGAUGCUGAGUUUCACAUGUAUCUGAACCAUGAGGGUCAGCUCUCUCGCCCUGAGGAAUUGCGCCUGCGGAUCUAUCAUGGUGGUGUUGAGCCCUCCCUGCGAAAGGUGGUGUGGCGGUACCUCCUGAAUGUAUACCCAGAUGGGCUGACAGGCCGCGAGCGGAUGGACUACAUGAAACGCAAGAGCCGCGAGUAUGAGCAGCUCAAGAGCGAGUGGGCACAGCGGGCAAGCCCUGAGGAUCUGGAAUUCAUCCGCAGCACAGUCCUCAAGGAUGUGCUGCGUACCGACCGGGCCCAUCCCUACUACGCGGGGCCUGAGGAUGGCCCACACCUGCGGGCGCUGCACGACCUGCUUACCACCUAUGCCGUCACCCACCCCCAGGUAUCCUACUGCCAGGGCAUGAGCGACCUUGCCUCACCCAUUCUCGCCGUCAUGGACCACGAGGGCCAUGCUUUUGUUUGUUUUUGUGGCAUCAUGAAGCGCCUGGCUGCAAACUUCCAUCCUGACGGCCGUGCCAUGGCCACCAAGUUCACCCACCUCAAGCUGCUGCUGCGACAUGCUGACCCUGAAUUCUACCAGUACCUGCAAGAAGCUGGUGCUGAUGAUCUCUUCUUCUGUUACCGCUGGCUGCUGCUCGAGCUCAAGCGUGAGUUCGCCUUUGAUGAUGCCCUCCGCAUGCUUGAGGUCACCUGGAGUUCACUGCCCCCAGAUCCUCCUGAACAUGAGGUUGAGCUCGUUGGACCCCCCAGUCAAGUGGCAGACGCUGGCUUUGGUGGCCACAGGGGGCGACCUGUGCGACAGAGGCACAUGCUGAGGCCUGCUGGUGGAGGACGUGGUGCCUUUGAAGAUGCUGUUGAUCACUUGGCCACAACCAGCCAGGGGCCUGGUAGUGGAGGGCGUCUCCUGAGACAAGCCAGCCUGGAUGACCUCCAGCAACUCAGGGGUAACACAGGCACUAGAAGGGACCCUCUGGUCCAGCUGCCACGCCCAGCUGCCCUCAUCAGCUCAAAGUCCCUCUCUGAGCCCUCGCUGAACUCCCCAGACCCACUGCUCUCCUCUUCUUCCCAUCCUGACUCCCCAUCCUCCUCAUCUCCACCAUCUACUCAGGAGGCCUCUCCUGCUGGUGAUGUGACUGCGGGAUCCCCCUUGAUGCAAGAGGUGGGCUCUCCACAGGACCCUGGGAAGUCCCUGCCACCCCAGCCACCACUAGGCCUACCCCCACCCCAAGAAUUUGGUCGGGGGAACCCAUUUAUGCUCUUCCUCUGCCUUGCUAUCCUGUUGGAGCACCGUGACCACAUCAUGCGCAAUGGGCUGGAUUACAACGAGCUGGCCAUGCACUUUGACCGCCUUGUGCGAAAACACCAUCUGGGGCGUGUCCUACGCAGGGCUAAGGCUCUCUUUGCUGACUACCUGCAGUCAGAAGUAUGGGACUCGGAGGAAGGGGCUGAGGCCACAGCCCCAUCUUGAUCAGGCCCUGCCUGGCUGACCAUCAGCCCCACCAGAUCACUGUUCUCUGCCAUGAGGGCCUCACGUGAGACCCCACCUCCCUGCCUGCCAGCCCUCCUAGACCUGUUGGAGCGUGGAGCCCUCUCCCUGGGUCUGAGUGUGUGGGGCUCUGCUUCAGCACUGCCCCAUGGAGGCCACAGCCUCUUGUUUUGUUUUGUUUUGUCUUGUUUUUAACAACUGUACUUUGCACACAUGAAAGUCACUGUGGUUUGUGUAUUUCUCUGUCCCCUCCCUGGUUUUGCUGUAGAUGGAGUGCCCAUGGGGUAUAUACCUGAUGGAGCUGAAAUACUUCUACUUGGUGGAGGGUGGCUCCUGCUUUUCCAGUGGUAGGAGAGAGUGGAUGCUGAGAAUCGGUUCUAGAAGGUGAGCUCAGGUUGGGGACUGCUUGAGGAAGGCCUGAAUGUUAUUUUGGUAAUACCUGUCUGCCUGUGAGGGCCUGUAUUAUGGCUGUGAAUGUAUAUUUUCAGGAUGGACCUCCUUAACUUAAAUAUUCUGAAUAUAGAGAUGAACGAAAGAGUUCCUAGCUGAAAAAAAAAGCAAGAUUCAUUACAAAGACUGGGAGCUAUGGACUACAUAGAAAUGUUGGAUCAGCUACCCACCCCUGGCAUUCCGUAUGUCACCAUUUCUAGAAUCUAGACCCUUCCCUGUGAGUCUUACACACUAAUGCUGGCAACCCUGGGCAGGGGAAUAAGGCUCCUAUUUUGUCAGUGACUUUUGGGCCAACUUGAGGGACUAUGGCCUUGCUCUACCUUGGGCUUUGACCAUAGUCUAAACCCUAAGCUGAGUUUCCAGCUCCUGGGUACCUAUCUUAACUGUUUCAGCAAUAGAAACCAUUUAUUUGUCUUCUCCAUCCCACUGAUACAAACAAAUCAAGCACUGAUAAAACUCAGGCCCUGAAAGAAGUCACCUUACUUAUUUGAGGAAUAAUGAUGAAAAGAUGGUCCUUUUGUCCCACCUUACCUUCUCAGAAAGCAGGAUUCUCCUUCAGGCCAAUUGUUGUCCUCCACAAAGGAUGUGGCAGAUGAUGUGUGAGGUGAGGUAAUUGGGGUCCUUCAGGUCAUGGCCUAGCCGUGCCAAGCUCUGGGCAAUGCUAACAGAGAUGAGGGGGUCAUCAAAGGCAGCCAUCCUCUAACCUCUUUUCCCCAAGAAUGUCAUUAUAAAGCUGGGAUGACCCUUAAAAAGCUCACAUGACUCCCCAGUAUUUGAGGGGAAGCUGAUCAUUCUUCAAAUGAGGGCAUAGUCACUCGAAGAGCAGGAUAAGACCAUUCUGUGUCUAGGGUACUCAAACACUGUGAGUCUUACAAGUGUAUUCUGUGGAUAAGGGCUCAGACCCCCUGGGGGACCAUCCAACGUAUGAGGGUGUCUGGCCCUCGUGAGGACCUAAAAUGUUCCUUUUGUCAGUAAUAGGCUGACACUCUCUAGAGUCAAACAAGUGCAUUCUGUGAUUAAUGAGCUCAGAUAUUUGAAGAGCCAGACAGGUCAAUUCUGUGUAUGGGAGUUUGCUACCUUUGAGGCCCAGAAGAGUCCUUUCUGUGAAUAGGAGGAUCCCAUACCCUGAAGGCCAGAAACCUUUUUUAUUCCUCUAGGAUAUUUGGGGUUUCUGGUUCCUGCCAAGAUGGUAAACCAGCAGAAGCUGCUGUCUCCCUUGCCUGAAACCAAUCUUGGGGAAACUACAGAGGGAAACAUUGAUUCCAGAAACUGAAGCACAACUGUGAGAGACCUGUGAGGAAAUGGAAGGCUGUCUUUAACUGGUGUGUGUUUUGAGGGGUGGAUGGCUAGAGGCAGCAAAUAGAGGAUUGGUUAGGGAAAAGAGAUUUAAGUUCUGGAUCUAACCUUGCCCCAGUAUUGCCUUGGGAAGGUCCUUCUCUGCCCCCCUCACUUCAGAAAUCAUCCAAACCAUCAGUACAGGUGUCUAUAGGGCUAGUCUCACAGCAUCCAGACCCUCUCCUAGGGGGAAGAAAUGACCACCAGAGACAGUCACUCCUCCAUCUCUCUCCCUCCAGACACUAGGGCUGGUAGGUUACACCUAGGGAGACUGCCUCCUCCUAAAGUUGCUUCCCUCUGAGGGUUUAAAGAUGAAGCCUUUGUCAGAGGAAUUGUCAGGCAGUGUGAUAGCAGAUGGGAGUAAUAACCAUGGUUUUGUUGUGCCUGGGACUGUCCACCUUCUGGCUCAUCUCCCUUCACAUCCCUUCACCCCUUAAACUCCAGGUAAUUGACCAGCUAGAGUCUGGCCUUCAGCUUUUCCUCAGUACAUUUUACCGGCCAGAAUAGCUGAUAACUUCAGGGAAAUACUAGCUCACAGCCAAAAUAACUAGACACCUGGGCAGUAUAACUGCCCCCAGAGAAAAAUAAACUGGAUGUAUUAGUUAUUACUGUAUAACAAAUUACCCCAAAACUUAACAGCUUAAGACGACAAAUAUUUAUUUUCUCAGUUUCUGAAGGUCAGGAAUCCAGGAAUGGCUUAGCUAGGUGGUUUUGACUCAGGGUCUCUCAUGAGGUUUUUGGUGAGAUUGCUUGCCAGGACUGUAGUCAGAUGAAGGCUUGGCUUGGCUAACAGACCCACUUCCAACGUGGCCCACUCAUAUGGCAGUUGGAAGGAGGCUUCAGUUCCUCACCACCUGAGCUUUUUCAUAGGGCUGCUCUUAGUAUGUGAUGUGAGCAAGCAAGCGAGAGCCUGUGGCCAAGACAGAAGCCACAAUGUCUAUUCUGACUUAAUCUCAGGAAUGGUACACCACUUCUGCUGUAUUCUAGUGGUCAUAUAGACCAACCCUGGUACAGCAUGGGAGGGAACUAUACAGGGUGUGAACACCAGGGGACAGGGAUCACUGGGAGCCAUAUUGGUGACUGGCUACCACACUGGGUAACAUGAUAUCUGAAGCAGAAGUAUUGGGGCCGACAGAUGAAGAAUUUUAAACAAGUAUGUUGUUGUUAGGUGCUGUUGAGUUGGCUAUGACUCAUACCGACCUUAGGUAUAAUAGAACAAAAUGUUGCCAUCCUCAACAUUGCUAUGUUUGAGCCCAUUAUUGCAGCCACUGUAUCAAUCCAUCUAAUUGAGGGUCUCCCUCUUUUCUACUGACCUCUACUUUACCAAGCAUGAUAAAAUAUAAGAAUUUAAAAUAAGACAUAAAUUAGAAUAUAAAACAGGCAGGAAUGAAAUUAUAAAAAGGACCCAAAGGAAAUAUUAGGUAUGAAUAUGAUAGUGGAAACAAAAAGUAUUCUGUAAAUGGAGAAUAUGAAAUGGGAAGUCAGAACUAAAUCCUAAUAUAAGAGUAAUUAACAAAACGUAAAUGGAUUAAACUAUUUAAAACACAGAGACUUUCCGUGGAUUAAAAACACAAAUCCAAGAGUAUACACACAUACACAUACAAAGAUUCAGAAAUGUUGAAAAUGAACAGAUGAAAAAAGAUAUAGCAGACUAAUAAAAGCCCAAAGAAAGCUGGGAUAGCCAUCCUAAUAGCUACCAAAAUAGAAUUUAAGACUAAGAUCACAAAGGACAAAGGACAUAUAUACUCAAUGACAAAGAAGAUAUGUCUACCAUAAACAUACAUAUUCCUAAGAAGCCCUGAACAACAGUUAAACUUUUAUAUCUAUAUGUAUAUAAAAAAAAUACAUACACAUAUGUAUAUCACAUCUAUCUGUAUAUACGUGUGAUAUGUAAAAUCACACAUCUCUCUUUGUAACCCUCCACUUAACAAAUGGAGAAAACAUCUUUUUGUGCCUGCACUUAACAAUUAAGGAACCCUUUUUUUUUUUUUUUUAUGGUGCAGACAGUUAAGCGCUUGUCUGCUAACUGAAAGGCUGGCAGUUUGAACCUACUCAGUGGCUGGCUCCAGGGGAGAAAGACCUGGCAAUCUGCUUCUGUAAAGAUUACAGCUCAAAAAAACCCUAUGGGGCAGUUCUGUCACGUGGGGUUGCUCUGGGUCGAAAUCAACUCAACGGCACCUAGCAACAACAACUUAACAAUUACAAAAGCAGACUAUGUUAGGGCACAAAGAAGGCCUCAGUAAAUUCGAAAGGAUUAAUAGUAAACAUGUUCACUCACUAUAAUGCAAUAAAAUUAGAAAUUAAUAACAAAAAAGCUAAAAAAAAACCCAUUUUGGAAACUAACAUUACUAAGUAACUCUUGGACAAAGGAAGAAAUCAUAAAGGAACUUUAAAAAUAUUUAGAACUAAAGAAUUAAAACAUUACCCAUCAAAAUUUGUUGGACACAAAAAUCAGAAGAAAAUGCAUAGCUUUAAAUUUAUCAGGAAAGAAGAAAGGUAGAAAAAAAUGAUCUAAGCAUUCAACUCAAGAACUUUGGGAAAGAACAGGGAACAAGCCCAAAAGAUUGAGGCAUGGAGGAAGUAAUAAAUGUAAGGAAGGAAAUAAAUGAAAGAGAAUAAAAAAGUAAUUAUAAAGAUUAACAAAAUCAAAAUCUGGUUCUUUGAAAACAUUAAUAAGCUAUACUGAUUUUUAAAAGAGUGCAAACUAUAGAGAACAACAAAAAAGAAACUUACAGACACAAAAAGAGGCUAAACUGUGAGCUAAUACAUUUGGAAACCUAGUUGAUGUGCAUGUUUCUGGUAAAAUAAAAGUGUGCUCAAACUGAUGCAAAAAGAAAUAGAAAAUCUGAACAUACCAAUAAGUUUUAAGAAAAAUUGAAAUGAUAGUCAAAGAUACCCCAUAUCCCUGUAACAAAAAGCUUCAGACCCAGACUCAGAUGGUUUCGAAGAUGUAGUUCUAUCAAACUUUCAAUAAACCGUUAAUUUCUAUCUAUACAAAUUUUUCCAGAAAAUAGAGAAAAAAGCAAAAGCAGCCCAGCCCACUUUAUGAGGCUAGUGUAAUCUUGAUUAUAAAACCAGAUGAGGAAAAUACAAGACAAUAAAAUUAUAAACCCAUUUCACUUAUGAAUAUAGAUGCAAAAAUUCCAAUAAAAUAUUAGCUACCUAAAUCCAACAGUGUAUUUUUAAGAAUCACAAAUAUGGUUUAUUCCAGUAAUGCAAAGAUGAUCCAACAUCAGAAAAUUCAUGAAUGUAAUUUACCAUGUUAAUAAGCUAAAGGAGGAAAACAAUGAUUUCAAAGUAGAAAAAAUAUUUGCUAAGUUUUAUCUGUUUAAAAAAAAACAGCAAAAAUAUUACAGCAAAUCUUAAAAGCAUUUUACCUUUAAAAUCAGGAAAGAGACAAGAUUGCUUACUCUCAAUAGUACUGUUUCAUAUAAUAAUGGAGGAACCAGCCAAUGCUGGAAAGAAAUGAGGUGUAAAUUUGAUAAAACUUGUUUAGAAGUGAUAUGAUCCACUACCUUAAAGAACCAACAAAAAAAACUAUUAGGAAUAAUAACAUAGUUCAGCAAGGUUGCCAGAUACAAGAUCAAUCUAUAAAAAUCAAAAGCAUUUCUAUACGCCAGCAAUACCAACAAGAAGGUAUAUAAGGAUGAAUUUAGUCAACACAAAAGACCUCUAUUAAGAAAAAAUUUAAAUUCUAAUAGCAUAAACAGAAGAUGAUCUGAAUAAAAGAGACAUUUCAUGCUCUGCUGGGAAGAUUUCGGUAAUAUAUUAUCUGUUGUGUGACAAAUUACUCCAAAAAUUACUGCCUUAAAACAACAAACACUAUCUCACACAGUUUCUGAGGGUCAAGAUAUUGGGAGUGGCUUAGCUGGGUGGUUUUGCCUCAGUCUCUCAUGAAGUUCCAAGUCAGGAUGUGGAUUGAGGCUGGAGGAUCCCCUUCAAAGAAGGCCAACUCAGGAGGCUAUUGGCAGGUGGCCUCAGUUCCUUACCACUGAGUCCCCUCCAUAGCGCUGGUCAUGACAUGGCAGCUAACUUCCCAGAAAGUGAGCAAUCUGUGUGAAAGAGAGAACAGGAAGCCAAAGUGCAUUUUAUGUUUUUAUGUAUGACCCAGUGGGAAGUGACGCACUAUCAGUUCUGCCUGAUUCUAUUAUGUUAGUAAGUCCAGCCCACACUCAAGGGGAAACUGAUUAGGUUUCAACUCUUGAAGGGAACAGUAUCCAAGAAUCUGUGGACAUACCUUCAAACAACCACAGGUAAUACUAUUAAGGUGUUAUUUCUCCUCAAAUCCAUAAAUUCAAUGCAAUCCCAAUAAAACUUCCAUUACCUUUUUAAGAAUUGCAGUAAACCUUACAUUAUAAUUUAGAAUAAUAAAGGAUCAUGGAUAGCUAUGACAACCUUCAAAAAGAAAAGCUGAUGGGUACUUGCCCCACCAGAGACUAAGACAUACUAAAAUCCAAACCCACUGCCUUCGAGUCGAUUUUGACUCAUAGCGACCAUAUAUGACACAGUAGAAUUGCCCCCAUGGGGUUUCCAAGGCUGUAAUCUUUAUGGAAGCCGAUUGCCACGUCUUUCUCCCACAGAGCAGCUGAGGGGUUUGAACUGCUGACCUUUUGGUUAGCAGGUGAGCACUUAACCACUGUGCCACCAGGGCUCCAAGACAUACUAAAGACCCUAGUAAUUAAAGGGGAAAAAAACUGAUAUUGGCCCAGGAGUUGACAGGUAGACCAAUGAAUAGGACCAAAAAAAAAGCUCAGAUACAGAGCCACAUAUCGGCAGAACUUAGUAUAUGAUAGAGGUGGUACCACAAAAAAAAAAAAAAGGAUGGGACAGACUGCU